CUUACAUUGAAGUUAGAAUCGUUUUAGGAAAGUAGAGAAAUGGAUGUCGGUGAUAAACAUGAUGCUGCUGCUGAGCCUGAAAUCAGUGAUAGUGAUGCAUUGGGUAGUUCAAUAAGUAAUAUUAAGGCGAAUAAACUGCGUAAAAAAGAAAAGCCUGGAAUAAUAUAUUUGAGCACAGUCCCUGAAUUUAUGAGCGUUCAAAAAUUGAGAAAUGUUUUUGGCGAGUUCGGAGAAGUAAAUCGCACCUUUUUUCAGCCAGUGGGUAAGUUAUUCAUAAAAAUCAUACCAUUGACCAUACUUGUCAUGUCACACUUGACACGGUUAAUAACUGAGCUUAGUUAUUAUACUCUUACGAUUUUAGCAUACAAUGGUAACAAUGUUUCAAUGUACAACUUUAGGACGUCUAUUGUACGUCAAUAACUGUCAGAACUAAGAAUUUUAAGAGACUUUGACACUGAGUUUGAAAAAAAUAGGCUACAUUCCUGUAUUUUGAUUUUUUUAAAAUUAAUAUAAAAGUACAUUUUCUGUUGUUAAUUUUAACUUGCAUUCUACGUCCAGCAGUGAAUGGAUCGAGAAAUACGAUUGGAUAGGCGGAUAGGGACAAUCUAUAAAUUGUAUAAAUUACAUUGUUUUGUUUUUUUAUUUGCCCUGAGACGGGAAUGGAGUGAUGUUGAUUUAAGAGAUUUUGUUUAUUUAAGUCUCUUAAAUUAAUGCUGCCACAUUUUGGUAAUGAUAGUGCUAGUGGUGAUGGUCAUGUUGUUGCUUUAUCUUUUCAUAAUGAACAUGUUAGACACAGCAACAGUAAUAAUUAUUAGCAUUGAAAAUUAUUAGUAACAAUUUUAGUCAGUCCACAGCAAUCCAUUAAUCAUUAAUAAUAGUAGUAUGAACUCACUGAAGGGGAGUUGUUGAAUGGACUAAAUUGCCCCGGAUGCACAGCGCUGCCAUUCGCACCCGGGUCCCAUUAGACCAAUGCUAUUCGGAUGUCAUUUUCAUUUAGUCCAUUCAUUUAUCUUUCAUUUGAUACCUCAUUUUGUCUUAUACUUAUAAACCCAAAAAUAAUGUUUUAUAUAGUUUUUUAAUCCCAACCUCUCACUUCUGGUACCUGUGUGCGAAUAGUCGCAGGCUAAUAUUUAUGAUAUUCUUUACUCAUAUCAUUUUUUACUGGUAAUUGUUUUAUAUCUCUUAAAUUUUUCACCAUUUUAUUGUAGAUUUAAUUAUAUAUGUAUAUAUAUUAAGAGGAAGACUUUAAUGAGGCUGAGUAAUAGGAAAUAUGAAACACAGGAUAGGUGAAAACCUGAAAUGAAGCAAAACAAAACAACUAUUUUUGAUAAUCCAGGGUUGUCUUCUUUGCAACAUUUUCAUUUUUCUGUUAGUUUUCCUUUAAUGUUUCAUACUUCCAAAAACAUUUAUCAUCGUCAGCAUUGCUACAGCCCAUGUUGGGCCCUGGCUUGCUCCACCACAUCCUUCUAUUCGAAACAAUCCAUGGCUUUCUGCCUCCAUGCUCGAACCGACAACUGGUGUAAAUCCUCCUCUACAUCGCCUAUCCAUCUCAGUCUUGGAUGACCGGUGAACCUUCUGCCCCUAGGCUUCUGCCCGUAUUUCACUUUUGAUGCUCUACAAUCCAGCAUCCUUUCAAUAUGUCCUGCCCAGUGCAGUCUGCCUUUUUUUUUUAUUGUUGCGACUGUGGGUGUGUCUUUGUACAAUUGGUAUAGCUCUUGGUUUUUACGGAUUCUCCUUACAUCAUUUUCUAUCACUGGGUCAUAUACUUUCUUGAGGAUUUUCCUCUCUCAUGUAUUGAGCAGGUUCUCUACUUUUCUGGUAAGGGACCAAAUCUCACUAGCGCAAGUUACUACCUGUCUUAUGAUAGUAGUGUAUAUUGUCAUCUGUGUUCCCCCUGAGAGGUUUUUGCUUCCCAGCAGCUUUUGUAGGCUGAAAUAGGAACAGUUGCCUACUGUUAUUCUUUUUUUCACCUCCGACAUUAUUCAAUUGUGCUCUUUUAUAGUCACCCCUAGAUAUUUUAAUGUAGCCACUUUCUCAAAUUUGUGGUUGUUUAUAUUGAUGUUGUCAUCAAUGUGGGUGUUUCCUGACAUUAUCAUACAUUUUGUCUUCGCUUCAUUUACAUCAUUACCAGCUCUGGCUGAGGCAUUUUCAAGUUCCCUGAAUGCUUUCAUUAUAUCAUUUCUGUUUCAGUUGCACCAUAUCAUCUGCGUAUGCCAGGUACUGCAAUGGCUGGCUAUAUAUUAAGUUCCUGAUGGUUGUUCUGUAAUACAUCUCUGGAAGUAGCUUGUUAUAGUUCCAAUAAUGCUCACGUGUAUGCUUCUUAUAACUUUUUCUAGCGUGAUGUUAAACAGGGUGUAUGAUAGUCUAGUGAAUCCAAAAACAUUUAGCAUCUUUUAUAUUCUAUAAAAACGUUAGCUACAAAAUACAGCGAAAAUACAUUGUACUGUAUAAUAGUUUUUCACCUAUGUACAUAGUUCAUCAUCUCAUGAUUAGAUUAAGGUAUUCCUUUUACAAUUGCGAAUGUUUUAAUGUUAAAUUAGAAGCUUGAAAUGUGGUUAAUUUAUGUAAAGUGCAUUGUGUCUUAGCUGUGAAAGAUAUAAUAAGGCGAUCUUAACCGUGGCAAAAAAAUUACUAACAGUAACUUACAGCAUGUUUUGAAAUUUACUGGAUUGUAUACAAUUUUCCUUUUGUACCAUAUAUUUCUUCUUUUUAAAGACAAUUUUGUUUAUUUGUUCUUCACAGAGAAAAGCUAUUCAUACAAGAAAGGUCUGCUGUUUUCUGAAGGUUGGGUAGAGUUCUCCAACAGGAGUGUUGCAAAAUAUGUUGCCUUGGCAUUGAAUAACACACAAGUGGGUGGCAAGAAGAGAAAUCCAUGGUACAACUGCAUAUGGAAUAUCAAAUAUCUACCUCGAUUCACAUGGACAGAUGUUAACGCAGAUAGAGAGCUGAAACGUGCAACCUAUGAGAGUCGAAUCAGGGCGGAUAUUUCUCAAGUUAAGAAACAAACAAAUUUUUAUAUGAACAGUUUUGAAAAAUCUAAGACUUUAAGUGAGAUAAAGAAAAGAAAGGAGAAAAGGGGUGAGGAUUUUGAGAAAAGAACUUUUGGAGAAGGUGUGCGACAAAAAUUGACAGAUGAAGAAAUUCUAGCUCAGAAAAAGUCGCAGAAAAGAAAGUCAGAAAUCCCCGAAACUGGAGAAGUCCAAAAAAAGAGACAAAAGAAUACAUUUGGAACUGAUGAUGCAGAAGUAUCAAGAACAUUUGUCAUGAGCCGUAUUUUUAGCUAAAGAUGGUUUUAUUUUGUUUCUGAAAGAGAUAUUAAAAUAAUUAAUACAUUUACAUUUGAUUUUGUUUCUGAAGGAUAUUUACAAUUUUUAGGCAUUUGUUUAUGAUGAUUACAAAGCUUCUAUUUCUCACUAAGUAUCAUGAGAAAGAUUUAAACAAAGUGGUCUUUCCACUUACAUUACAUGUCUGUUGAGCACUGUACUGUUACAUUGUUGUAAAAUUUUGAGAAACGCUACAAUAGGGAAUAUUUUUUAAUAGUUUGUGUUGCUGUACAAGAACAAUGGAAGUGAAGUAUGGUACCACAAUAGGUAGCUUUGUUUGCCUAUAGGUUUAUAAGACAAACUCAUCAUUCAUAUUUUAUUUGCACCACAUUACCAUUUAAAGACUGUGCUUCUUUAUGAAUUUCCUUAGUAGUCAUGUGAUUGCCACAACUUUGAUGCUGAUUUGAUUAGUCACAAUACUGUGCUGAAACUACUAAGCCUGGAAUAUAAGUAACACUAAUAAUAACAAUAAUCAUAGCAAAAUAUAAAUCUAAGAAAGAAAACAAGAAAAAUAUGCUAAAUCCUAAUCAACGACAAAGGAUAUUUUAAGCUCCAUGAAUUUUGUAUUUGAUCAUCCUUAGAUACCACACCCCUUAAUUUCAAAUCAAGAAUCCUUCCGCAUCCGGUUGGGUUGUAAAUGUAGCGCUUCAUGAAAAAUAUUUAUAAUCACACAUAGACACUACAGAUUUUCUUUACUAAUUUCACCAACCUUGUAGAACUUAUAGUCUACUUUAUAUUUUUUCUUUUAAAUUAAAUGCAUUUCGGUUGCUUCUCUGGUUUGUGAAUUCCAAAGAGUUGAAGUUUGUUAAAGUUAAGCAGAUUAGCCUUAAUCCAUCAAAACCUGGCAGGUCUUUAAUUGAUAAAUGUUUUGGAGAGAAAACAAAAUGGCAUCAUCAAAAUGAUGAUGUAAAGAUGCGCAUGUGGUUAUUUUAGCAUGGGCCUUGUUUCUCUUUCAGAUAAUUACUUUCCUGAUCAUUUUUGGAAAUGUGUUCCUUUUUUUUUUACAGCAAUUAUCCCUUAUAAUACAGAACCAUUUUACUUUUUCAAAAUUAGUUG